AUGGAAGAUGUUGAGGAAACAGCUGCUGAUGUGAAGGAAGCGGAGGAGGGUAAGGACAAGCGGGAUGAGGAGGAUGAGGAUCAGGUUGAAACGAUCGGUGACGGCGAUGAUCCCGAGGAGCUCGCGGUGAUCGAGGCGGAGGAAGUGGAGGAGGGCGACGACGGCGAGCAAGCUGGCGACGACGACGAAUUGAACGACGACGACGAGGAGGAGGUUGAGCAAGCGGACGAGGACGACCCUCAUAAAGACGAGCCGCAUUUCAACGAGCGCAAGGAGAUAGCGAGGAAGGAGAGGGAGCGGCUGAGGGAGAUGAAGCGGAACAAGAAGAAGGAGCUGGAGGAGCUCGUCAAGAGGCAGAACGAAGCCGUGCAGGCUGAAACGGCCGACAAUGCUAAAGGGCGGCUCAAGUUCCUGCUGCAGCAGACGGAGAUAUUCCAGCACUUUGCACAGCAGCACGACUCGCCUGGCAAGAUGAGGGACUACCAGCUGGCGGGACUCAAUUGGAUGAUUCGGCUCUAUGAGAAUGGCAUCAACGGGAUUCUGGCCGAUGAAAUGGGCCUAGGCAAGACCCUGCAGAGCAUAUCGCUGCUGGGGUACCUGCACGAGUUCAAGGGCAUAUCAGGGCCGCACAUGGUGGUGGCACUCAACUACACUACCUAUCGCAACCACUUACUUCCCUGUCCCCUUCCCCCUCUUCCUCUCCCUCCCACACCACAAACCCUUCACCUUUCCCAGGGCCUGGGCAAGACCCUGCAGAGCAUAUCGCUGCUGGGGUAUCUGCACGAGUUCAAGGGCAUAUCAGGGCCGCACAUGGUGGUGGCGCCCAAGUCCACACUGGGCAACUGGAUCAAGGAGCUGCACCGCUUCUGCCCCUCCCUGCGCGCCUUCAAGUUCCACGGCAACCAGGAGGAGCGCACCCACCAGCGCACCAACCUGCUGCAGCCGGGGAAGUUUGACGUGGUGGUGACGAGCUAUGAGAUGGUGAUCAAGGAGAAGUCGGCGUUCCGGCGGCUGUCAUGGCGGUACAUUAUUAUCGAUGAAGCGCAUCGGAUUAAGAACGAGAAUUCUAUCCUUUCGAAGACCAUGCGCCUCUUCUCCUCCAACUACCGCCUCCUCAUCACCGGGACUCCCCUGCAGAACAACCUUCACGAGCUCUGGGCACUCCUGAACUUUCUUCUGCCCGAGAUCUUCAGCUCAGCAGAGGCGUUUGACGAGUGGUUCCAGCUGUCAGACGGGGAGGACCAGCAGGAGGUGGUGCAGCAGCUGCACAAGGUGCUCCGCCCCUUCCUGCUCAGACGGCUCAAGUCAGACGUGGAGAGAGGGCUUCCUCCCAAGAAGGAGACGAUUUUGAAGGUGGGUAUGAGUGAGGUGCAGCGCAACUACUACCGGGCGCUGCUGCAGAAGGACAUAGAGGUGCUCAACAGCGGGGGGGAGAGGUCUCGCCUGCUCAACAUUGCCAUGCAGCUGCGCAAGUGCUGCAACCACCCCUACCUCUUCCAGGGAGCCGAGCCCGGCCCGCCCUUCAUCACGGACGAGCAUCUGAUAGAAGCUUCCGGGAAGAUGGUGCUGCUGGACCGCCUUCUCCCAAAGCUGAAGGCGCGGGACUCACGAGUGCUCAUCUUCUCCCAGAUGACACGCCUGCUGGACAUCCUAGAAGACUACUGCAUGUUCCGCGGGCACCAGUACUGCCGGAUCGACGGCAACACGGGGGGUGACGAGAGGGAGGCGGCGAUCGAGGAGUUUAAUAAAGAAGGAAGUGAGACGUUCAUCUUUCUGCUGUCUACUCGGGCGGGCGGGCUGGGGAUUAACCUCGCGACGGCUGACAUCGUGAUUAUCUACGACUCUGACUGGAACCCCCAAGCGGAUCUGCAGGCCAUGGACAGAGCGCAUCGCAUCGGGCAGAAGAAGGAAGUGCAGGUCUUCCGAUUCUGCACUGAGCACACGAUAGAGGAGAAGGUGAUAGAGCGCGCGUACAAGAAGCUGGCUCUGGACGCUCUGAUCAUCCAGCAGGGCAGGCUUGCAGAGCAGCGAGGUGUGAUUGAGCGAGCAUACAAGAAGCUGGCUCUGCUCUGGAUGCGCUCAUCAUUCAGCAGGAGCGAGCUGGCAGAGCAGCGAGGUGUGAGGGAGCGGGCGUACCAGAAGCUGGCUCUGGAUGCGCUCAUCAUUCAGCAGGGCAGGCUGGCAGAGCAGCGAGCUGUGAACAAGGACGAGCUCCUUCAAAUGGUGCGGUUCGGAGCAGAAAAAGUAUUUACCUCCGCCAACACGACCAUCACUGAUGCUGACGUGGACAGGAUCAUCGCCAAGGGGGAGGAGGCGACCGCUGAGCUGGACGCCAAGAUGAGAAAGUUCACGGAAGAUGCAAUAAAGUUCAAAAUGGACGACACGGCGCUGUACAGUUUAGGCGAGGGCGAGAAGGAGGAGGAGAGGCCUGAUCUCAAGAAGCUGGUCACUGAGAACUGGGUCGAGCCGUCACGGAGAGAGAGGAAGAAGAACUAUUCUGAAGCAGAGUAUUACCGCCAGGCCAUGCGCAUGGGCCCUCCCUCUCAGCCCAAGUCGAAGGAGGCCCGACUGCCAAAAAUGCCCGUGCUACACGACUUCCAGUUCUUCAACACGGCGCGCCUCUCGGAGCUCUUCGACAAGGAGGCCAAGGCCAAGCUGGUGAAGCUCUUUGACAAGGAGGCCAAGGCCAAGCUGGUGAGUUGUGUGAUGAAAGGAUGUUGUCAGUAUAGGGUUUUGUUGUCACUGGUGUGUCUCUCAGACCUCUUCGACAAGCAGGCCAAUGCUAAGCUGGAGACCAAGGCCAAGCUGGGCUUUAAGUCAUGGACGCGCAAGGACUUCAACCAGUUCCUGCGGCUGUGUGAGAAGUACGGGCGAGCGGACGUGGCGAGCAUUGCAGCCGAGAUGGAGGGGAAAACGGAGGCAGAGGUUCGAGAGUAUGCGGCAGUGUUCUGGGAGCGAUGCACUGAGUUAAAUGAUUGGGACAAGAUUCUGCGCAACAUAGAGAAGGGCGAGGCGCGCAUCGUGCGUCGGGAGGAGAUAAUGCAGUCGGUGCGGCGCAAGAUGGAGCGGUACAGCAACCCCUGGGUGGAGCUGCGGAUCCAGUACGGCACCAACAAGGGCAAAUACUACACGGAGGAGAGCGACCGGUUUAUGUCGGUGCGGCGCAAGAUGGAGCGGUACAGCAACCCCUGGGUGGAGCUGCGCAUCCAGUACGGCACCAACAAGGGCAAAUACUACACGGAGGAGAGCGACCGCUUCAUGCUGCGCAUCCAGUACGGCACCAACAAGGGCAAAUACUACACCAAGGAGAGCGACCGCUUCAUGGUGCGCACUGAGGGUGGAUGGGAGUUUUGUUGUAUAAUGGGGAACUUUGCUUACCUCUCUGGUGCACUGCUGCUUGUUGCGCCCCGUCAUAGGGAUUCUGGCUCCAUUGUCUGUCUCCUGACACCAACCUGCGCCUUCUAUUACCCAUCCCCCAUCUCCGUUCUCUUUUCAUCUCUUGUUUUCAUUCCCUCCCAUUCUUAA